GCUGCUGGCUGUGGUGUGCGUUUGGCUGCUGGAAUCCCGGGACGGGGCCGAAAGAAACUAAGGUGCCAGCAGCUCCUGCCCACACUUGUGCCUGCUGUCCCUGAGCCAGCCAUGCCGCGGGGCCAUAAGAGUAAGCUCCGUGCCCGCGAGAAGCGCCGCCAGGCCCAAGGUGGGUCGCAGGGUCUUGCGGGGGCUCAGGCUGCUGCAGCAGAGGGUGAAGAGUCCCCCUCCUCUCCUGUUUCUCGGGCUCCCCCCUCAAGCUCCCCUGCUGCUGGCACUUCCCAGGGGCCUGAAAAAGCCCCGUCAACCACCGGAGCUGCUCCACGUGUUUCACGGCAAAAAUCUAAGGCAGGUGCCAAGCGCCGUGUUCAGAAAAAGAAAUCUUCCUCCUCAGCCUCAAAUUCCACUGAGAGAGCUCAAAAAGAUCCUCUAAACAGGAAGGUAGGAAUAUUGAUGGAAUUCCUGCUUGAGAGGCACAACCUGAAAGAGCCCAUUAUGAAGGCACACAUGCUGAAGAUGGUCUCCAAAAGGUUUAAGGAGCACUUCCCUGAGAUCCUCAGGAGAGCCGCUGAGCACUUGGAGCUGGUCUUUGGCCUCAAGUUAAAGGAAGUCAAGCCCAACGGUCUCUCCUACACUCUCGUCAGCAUCCUAGACAUCGCCGAUGAUGGCAGCAUGAUCAGUGGCUCUGUUGUGCCUAAGAGUGGCCUUCUCCUGCCUCUCCUGGGCGUCAUCUUCCUGAGUGGCAAUCAAGCUUCUGAAAAAGAUGUCUGGGAAUUCCUGAAUAUUUUGGGCGUCUAUGAUGGAAGGAGGCAUUCAGUCUUCGGGGAGCCCAGGAAGCUCAUCACCCAAGAUCUGGUUCAGGAAAAGUACCUGGAGUACCGCCAGGUGCCCAGCAGCGACCCCCCGAGCUAUGAGUUCCUGUGGGGCCCCCGAGCCCACGCCGACAUCAGCAAGAUGAAGAUCCUAGAGUUUUUGGCCAAGGUCCACGAUACCGUCCCCAGUGCCUUCCCGCUUCAUUAUGCAGAGGCUCUGCGAGAUGAGGAAGAGAGAGCCCAAGCCACGGCCAGGGCAGCCCCUAUUGCCAAGGCCAGUGCACGUUCCCAGGCCAUAUCUGGCCACCCUUCUCCCUAGAGAGGGCUGAGGAAGAUUCUUUGCUUUGUGUUUCAUGAGGUCUGCCAACCUUUUAAGUAAUGAGAGGCUAAGCUGGGGUUGGAAAGACCAUAAUAUAUAUCUUCUUUGCCUUCCUGCUGUGCAUUGAGUAGCUUACAAAUGUUGUUCCUUUCAAAAUGUUUCAGCAUGUUUUAAAAGAAUCUAAUAGGGUUUGGAAUCCAAGUUUAUAAAUAACAUGGGUCACACAUUGCUGUUUAUCAGGUUUAAGAGUAAGGUUUAAGAGUAAGGUUUAGGAGUAAGAGUUUUGGUAUUGUGUAAUGUAGCUUGAAAAUCCUUGCAUCUUUGAGUUCCAGAACAAGAUAAUAUGGCUUUGGAAUGGGGACUUUUUUCCAAAGUAUGAAAGAACCUUCAAAAAUAUAGCUCUAGUUCUAAAAUAGAAACAAAGUAAAAUGUAGUUAAA